AUGAAUUUUGCUCCCUACCAAGAUGAGUCCCCAGAGAUCGAGCGGGCCCUAUCACCUCCUCUCCGUGAUGCAACCCGAUCCAAAUCCCCUCCUACACAGAACCAGAACCAGAACCAGAACCAGCGUACAUCUCCCCCAUUCCCUCCGGUAGGGAGACUUCCCUCACCGAGCUACUUUGCCAACCCCGAGACUGCGGGAGGAGAUACAGGUUUCGGUCGAGAUGUGGAAGGAGGGCGAUUGAGCCUUGGUGCUUUCGAGACGAGCCUCCCAAUCCGCAUGGACUUCGAAGCUAUGCUUGCAUACCUCCUGCUACCUCCAGCUGGGGGUGUGUUCUUGUUGUUGGUGGAACAUAAGAGUGAUUAUGUGCGAUUUCACGCCUGGCAAUCUAGCAUGCUAUUUACCGCGAUAUUUAUAAUUCACAUGAUAUUCGCCUGGUCGAGCGUCAUUUCAUGGCUACUUUUCGUCUGCGACAUUGGCCUAAUCGGCUUCUUAAGCAUGCGAGCUUAUGGAGAUGUUGAUUCACUCGAACACUACGAAGUCCCCUUCUUCGGCCCCCUCGCGAACUCCUUUGUUGAUGACGAAUAA